GGUGGGCCGACCACAUGCACAAACGCCAUUUGGUCAACCCCAAAAAAUGCGGACCUUUCCAUCACCGUGCCCCAUCUCGUAUUCUUUACAAAGCUAUCCGUGGUAUGACUCCCCACAAGACCGCCCGAGGUGCCGCAGCUCUUCAGAGGAUCAAACUUUACGAGGGAAUGCCACCACCUUACGACCGCAAGAAGAAGAUGGUCAUCCCCAACGCUCUUCGAGUUUUAAGACUCAAACCCGGUCGUAAAUGGUGCACUAUCAAACGUCUCAGUCACGAGUACGGUUGGGGUUACAAGGAUGUCGUUGAUACCCUCGAGGCCAAGAGGAAGGUCAAGGCUCAAGCUUUCCAUGAGCGUAAAGUUGCUCUUCUCAAAGCCCGUAACCAAGUUAUCUCCUCCUCCGCUGCCCCUGUUCAAGAAAAGCUCGCUGCUUUGGGUUAUUGAAGACCAUGAAAUUUAAUCAUACUGUC